AAUAAAGAUCUACGUCUAAAUUAAAAAAGAAUAUAGAUUUAGAAUUUAGAUAUUAUACUAUAUUAUAGAUUUAUUUAUAGAUCUAUUCAAAUUAUAAUUCUAGAUUCUAGAUCUUGCUUUUUCUAUAAUUAUAUAAUAAUACAAUAAUCAUUAUCAUGGCUACUUGGCCUAUUUUACCUGGUUACGAUGAAGCAGUACCAGAACUACGCAGAUUUAGAGUAAAUCUAGACUUACAAUACUUACAUUCAACUGAUUCUGCCGGAGUGUAUCCAAUGCAGAUGGACACUUCAACGCUUGCCCAAUUACAAAAGAAGUUUAGGUUAUCACAAAAAGAUUUCGACGAUAUUAAACAAAAUGCAAAAGUUAUGUGGACCAACAUCGUGCCAAAACCUACAACCUACAACACUUAUUUUAGUGUUGGCGAAAUCACUGAACUUACACCCAUUAGACCUACAUCUAGGAAUCGAAGAAACAAUCCCCAUCCACCAGAGAUAUUUCUGACUAAUGGACUACAUAAAAUUGAAGCAUAUAAAGAUUCAGUUGAGGGAAAGCAGAUUGAAGUUAAAAAAUUGAAAUAUGGGAAAAAUCAUGAUUCCUUGCUGCGGAAGUCAUAUCAAGACUUAAAUCAAUUUAAGGAAAUUCUUCCGCCUUAUGAAGCACAGGCUGCAAAUUCCUGGGUCAAAUUAGCAGAUGAGUGUGAUCAGAAAAGAGUUCUGGAUGUCAUUAAUGAUAGAGAAAGGAGACAUUGGGAGAAUAACAAAGUAAAGAUGUGUUCUAAAACUGCAUCUCCUUCACUAUAUAGAUGGAUGAGAAUAAGUGGCAUUAAAGAAAAUGAUGAAUCACUCAAUGUGACAAAGAAACACAAAGCUAAUCCUACAAGAACAUAUGAAAAUUGUCACUAUGUUCCCAGAAUGUUAGGCGAGUUAAAGAAAGAAGAAAUAUUAUCCAUUGAUUAUGGUUGCUGCAAUAGUAAAUUGAGAAGAGGGGAAUACAGUAUGCACCCAGAAUGGCCUUCAACACUAACUCAUCACAAAAUUUACUAAUUAAAGUGUGUAUCCAUUUCUAUUAUUAUUCAUUGGUAUGUUGAUUAUUGCUAAUUGUAUAUAUCUUUUAAACAUAUUUAUAACAAUUAGUCAUCAUGAUAAUCCAAGUUUAUAUUGUAAUAUAGAUUAUAAAAUGUAUGCCGGUACCUUUGUACUUCUAAUGUAUUGUGACACUCAAGUGCAGUGUUUCCCAAACUUUUUCCUCAACGGAACAUUUCGCACAUUCUUAGUAUUUAGUGGAACACUUUGCUUUUUUUAGAGAUAUUAAUUCACAUGUUGAACAACUACUUAAUUAUUUCAGUAUUUCGUGGAACACCUACUCAGGCCUCAUAGAACACUAGGGUUCUGUGGAACGCAUUUCGAGAAACACUGCUCUAGUCCAUAUGGUUUCAACCCUUUUAAUUGAAUAAUAAGGGUCACUUUGGAAUAGGUGUAGACGCAUAUGGAGGUUGUGCAAAGUGGUUGGAGGAGGGCGGGGAGUGUACUUCAGUAAAUUUUAUCCAAGCAUUCCCUCAUAUAGCUUACAAUUGUAUUGUUUUGUGCUCUAGACAUUUUAAAAUAUUUUCUUGUAUCAGGAUCAACAGUGUUACUGAAUUGAUAUAUCUCUUGGUCUAUCCUACCUGUAUAAUAAACAUGUUUUCCACAACAUUUAUUCACUUAA